CCUGCGAGCUGCGCGUGCCGGGGGUUUGUCGUUGGGGUGUUUUUGCUUCUUUACCUCCUGCUUCCCCCGCGCACGUGACACCCCCCCCGCAGGCAAGGCGGCGGGUUGUUGACGCGUUGCCUAGUGACGGGCGCGAGGCCGGAGACGCGUGCUAGCUCCAGCCAGUGCCCGCCCCGCCCCUAACGGACCCCGCUGAGGGACCCCGGCGGGUGGUGCAAGGGUCGGUAUUUUGCUUCUUGUCCGUCGCAGACGCUGGUGGGGAGAUGGUAGUGGAGAAAGUGGCCUCAAGCCCCUCAAAGCCCGUAGGUGACAGAUGCCCCCAGCAGCAGGAGCCACUGGGGCACGUGAAGAAAAGCAAGCAGCAGGUCUCCGACGGAUUCACUGUUAAAGCCAUGAUGAAAAACACUGUGGUAAGAGGACCCCCACUUGCGGGAGCAUUUAAAGAAAGACCAACAAAGCCCACAGCAUUUCGCAAAUUUUAUGAGCGAGGAGACUUCCCAAUUGCCCUUGAGCAUGAUACUAAAGGAAACAAAAUCGCCUGGAAGGUAGAGAUUGAAAAGCUGGACUAUCAUUACUAUCUGCCUUUGUUUUUUGAUGGGCUUUGUGAGAUGACAUUUCCAUAUGAGUUUUUUGCUCGUCAAGGAAUCCAUGAUAUGCUGGAACAUGGUGGAAACAAGACUCUUCCUGUCAUUCCUCAGCUCAUUAUCCCAAUAAAAAAUGCACUGAGCCUUCGUAACCGGCAGGUCAUCUGCAUCACGCUGAAAGUCCUCCAGCACCUGGUGGUCUCAGCUGACAUGGUGGGGGAGGCCUUGGUGCCCUAUUAUCGGCAAAUCCUCCCAGUCCUAAACAUCUUUAAGAAUAUGAAUGUUAAUUCAGGCGAUGGGAUAGACUACAGCCAGCAGAAGCGUGAAAAUAUUGGAGAUCUGAUUCAAGAGACACUGGAAGCCUUUGAACGCUACGGUGGAGAAACUGCUUAUAUAAACAUUAAAUACAUGAUCCCUACUUAUCAGUCAUGCAUAUUAAACUGAGUUGUAUCAAAUGGGAUGAUUCCAUUUGUGUUCUAAAAAAACUGUAUCUGACUCUGUAUGGUAUCUUGUUAGUCAUGCUUUUUUUCUCUACAGCUGCUAAAAUAGUGGCUUCUGGGGCAUUAGAGUGUUAGCACUAUUGUGAACAAGGCUUUCCAAUACAUAAAUAGUGCCUGUUCCUUUGAUUACAAUGGUGUACUGUGCUUGUUUGUUCCCUGAAAGAAUCGCUCCUUUAUAACAGAGCUGACUCGAGCAGGAAUCAGAGUUAAACCUUCACUUGUAUAGACAAUAAAACUAUAAUUUUCAUACGCAAUUCAGCAAUUGCUGUUCUGUGUCCGCCUGCCCUGAGGGUGAUGUCAGAGGCUGUAACAAGAAGAGUUUAUGCUGACUGCUUAAUAGGUGUUUGUCAUGGAAGAGAAACACCAGUUCAGCAAUGCCUCUCUAGCAGCUGUGCCGACUUAUGUGCACUGACAUACAAUAGAACUGUUGAAUGUAUAUACCAAUUACAGCGGGAGAAUUUAUAUGGUCCAUUAUAAAGCACUGUCAUUAAAUUAAUUCAUGUUUCUUAUACGCUCCUGAUCUCAGCUUCCAGGUGUUUACCUUUGCAUGGAACUUGGGUUCCUCUUGGCGAACAUCAAGCACAACCACAGUUUUGAAGAAAAGAAGCCCAGACAAAACUUCAAUAAAUCAGACGGAAGAUAGAGCGUACAUAAUGUAUCAGUCCCUAACGACACUGUUAAUCUGGGUAAACACAGAAUAUACACAUAUAUUUUUAAAGGGCACUGGGUAAUUUUUGUAACUGCGAGGUUGCUAGUGCUUUUCUGCUGUUAUUAUUAUGGUAUAUAUGUAUACAAACAAUGUAACUAUUGUUACAGGAAUCCCUUACAAUUUCCUAUUCAGUUAGUUUCUCCCUGUAUACCCACAACACAGAAUUGAUAUAAUCAUGGAUUUAAGCAAGGCUAUUGAGAUUGACUUUAUUGCUUUUUAAGCAUUUCUAUGGAAUAAGCCUUCAAAAAAUAAAACAAGUUUUACAAUUCUCAAGGACAACCAUUUAAAAAUAUCGAGUCAGCUCAAAACAAAUCAGGAGAUGGGAGCUUUGCCUAAAAAGCAUGAGAUUUUUGAAAGUACAGACUUUGGGCUCAUUUUGUUUUUAUUCUGGUUUCUGGAAGCUCUUAAAAUAUACGCAAGUUGCACUUUCAAGUGUUUCUCUGUAACUGUUAGAGCUCGAAAUGCACUCUUUGGUGUUAGACACAUGAGACUUUUUCCAAGCGCUUAUCCACAUCCACACUGACACCCUACAAGGCUUGCCUGUGCGAAAGACAGCCCCUCCGCUGCCCUGCUCUCUUGGGUGCAUACUGGAAGCAUGGGGAGCACCUUCCCACCGGCUGAAACUUUGAGCUGGAUCUGUCGUUAGACUGACAUUAGAGUUGCCACCUUCUGUUCUGUGGGAUCUUCAGCCUGAGGAUUUUUUUUUCCUUUACUUUCUUCUCUUUCCUGUAAUUGGACAAAAGUUAAGAGGAAGGUUUUUACUCUUCCUGCUUCUUUGAGGAACUGCAGCAUCAAGUGAUGCCACCGGCCACAAGUGCUCACCAGUCCCCGGUUUAGGCAUGGCUGCUGCAUGUGUGCCUUUUUCCCAGGCUCUGGAGACCUUUCUUUUCUAUUUGUUUUUUGGUUCUUUCUGAGUCUUCUUUUAUGCAUUGCCAGGGCUUCCCUCAAGUCCUCAGAGUUUAGGCAGUGUCUAUCCUGUGACUAACACACACUUGUGAUGGAUGAGCAGAUGAGCUCACAUCUAGGGUAUCUGUAAAUCUUUCACCUCCUGGGCAGAAAAGGAAGGUGAAGCCUGGCUAUCGGCCCAUGUCUUGGGAAACUCAAGAGCUUCAUAUUCAAACCUUGCAGCACAGAGUCCAGCAGGAUACUGCAGGGGGGCUAAGGCCAUCUUCUCUUCCAAAAAUGCCUUUCUACACAGCCACCCAGGCACUAUCAGCACAGCCUUUGGUUACAGUUUCUCCCUCUGUUUCCCCUCAGCAGACCCCUGUCCUGCACUGACCCUGGCACCAAGGAGCAAUGCUUUUUCAUUUACUGGCACCUAUGGGUUUGGUUAUUGUGGCAUUGCAGGUUUCCUGUAAGGAGAAAGUGUGCUGGAGGACUGCCGCUCCAAGGGAGCCGAGUUAUUCAGCUCAGAAACAAAUCAGGCCCUUCGUAAAAGGAAAAAUCCCAGGCCACCUUUCACUCCUUAGCUAUUUGUAUUCUGUCCUUAAGAGAAAGCCCAGUACCGCUCUUUGCCUGAGAUCAAAAACUGCCUCAAUAGCUGGCUUCAGUUCCCCCGCCGCUGGGCGCCAGCCACAGAGCUGCUGGCAGAAGGGACAGUGCAGGAAAGGGCUCUCGGUCCCGGGGAUUCCCCCAUCCCGUCACCCCCUGCAUCCCAGCAGCGCUGCUGAGGAUGAGACGAAGUUGCAGGCUCCUCACCAGCUUUGUAACUCUAUUCCCUGACUCGCUCUUUUUGCAUCCCCUCCUCUUUAGCUCAACUAGGACAAGACUACUGACUGACACAGAGACACCAUGGAAAAUGGGUACUUCGUGCAACUGCAGACUUGCCCAGACCUGAUCCCCUCAGCUCUGUGCUCGCUCUUGAAGAUUUCUUUCACAAAAUGUUGCUUCAGCAAGGGGUGACCUUAUUGCAAACCAUAAGGGCACUAGAGGUCAUGCCCAUUCACGUCAGGAAAAAUAGGUUUUUCAAGCAAAGUGCUUUCACUUGCAUGUUCAGGAUGGGAACAUUAGCCUCUAUCAUACUAUUUCUAUGAGUGGGUCAUUGCUUUAAAAGUGAACAUUCUCCCAUAACCUUAUUAAUCCUAGGAGUUGGACUGAUAAAAAGAAGCAUGAUGAAAACCACAGGCUGGUAAUUUAGGAACACUGAGAAUAAAACAAUUUUAAGAUGUCAUUUUACUAAGUCAAACUGUAGGCCUGCCAACCUUGACAGCGUCCCUUUAAGCAUGAUCAGCAGCAUAUUUAUAGGCAAUUACAGCACAGCUCAGAGCACUUUGUAAAGCACAAGAUCAAGGACCCAGGUGCUUAAGCAUAUGAGUAAUACUUUGUCAUUCAAUACACUGCUUAGCUAUUUUACUAUGCUCAAAAAAUGGAAUUGUGGUUAAAAAAUAGUACCUGCCUCUCUUUUUGCCAGAUCAUAUAAUUGUGGUCACUGACACUAGGGACAAGCCAAUCAACAGUUUCUAAUUGCAUCAAUUAAAAGGCACUCAGGGCAGGUGUUUCAAGGGGUAUAAAUUAAAGGUAUCCUGACUAUAUAGAAUUGGUGUGGUUUGUGCCUUGCUCUGAGGGUUGCUGCUUUCUAGCCACUGCAAGGUAAGUAGCAUCAGUAAAGGAUGGUUAAGUUGUAAGUGCUGCUUUUUUGAGACUACAUGUUUAAGAUGUCGCCGGCUUAUCUUGAAAAACAGGUUGGCUGGGCGUUGUUUAGCUUGAAGAAUAAAAAGCAUAUGCUAACAUUAGAAAAAAUAAUCUACCUGUGGCCUUUGUCUUGCAUAAUCAUCAAAACAGAAAUCAAGUGGGAUCUUUUUAAUGAUUCCUCCCUAAAGCUGUAUAAGGAAACUUGGUAACAGGUGUCAGAGUUUUGGGACCUCUGUCAUUUUGUGGGGGAUAUAAAGGAGCCACUGUGCAAGCUGUUGAGCCACCAAAUGGUAGAACUUGUCUGUGUGAAGCUGAGCAGGGACAGAGCUGGCUGCAGCUCCUGCCUGGCUAUGGCUGCCCUGGGCUCCUGCGGAGCGGCAGAGCCUGGCAGAGGACCGGGCAAGUGGCCGCCAGUACUGGCGGUGGGGAGCUGGAGCCAGGCUUCUCACUGGUGGCUUUCCAGUGUUUCAAAGAAACGGAGCUGACAAAAGGAGUUUGAAAAAGGCCUCCUAGGAGUCAAAUACAAAAGGGCUAUGGGAAGCCGUAAGCGGGAGGGAAGGUAUGGGACCCUGGCUGAGGAGGGUGUUUGUGUGUUGAGUGUGGGGAGGUGUAGCUGCAGCCAAGCAGGGCAAAAAUAAAAAGCUAAAGCAGACACUAUGUGCUUUCCUAAUCCUGUCUGGAGACCCUCUGACUUCCAGAAAAGCAUUCUCUGGUCUGAGGGGCUCUGCAGGCAGUGGGGCAGUUCACAUUUUUCCACUCAUCUGUAACAUCCUGUGUUUUCUGCUUUAAAUAAAAGCAGGGGUGUUUGCAGGAACUCUGUACAAAGCCUGUCUGCUUGCAACAGCUCGGAGCUGCUUUG